AUGUAUUCACCUCCGGAGCUGAAGCUCAUACCACUCAUCUCUCAAGUAAUCUGUUUCAAAGAAGACACGACGGAUUCAGGUGGUUCGGAGUCCAAGAUCAUAUCACUCAUGGUAAAAGUAAUCUCUGUAGUCAGCUCAAUGGAUUCUGAGCCGCAGCCGGAGUCUACAAAGCUCAUGUCACUUGUUACUCAAGCAAUCUCUGUGUUCAAGUCCAUGGAUUUGGAUUCCCAGCCGGAGCCUCUGUCGAAGCUAAUAACAAUGUUCACUAAAAAAUUAUCAAUGGACUCGGAUUGUGACGACUCGGAGUUUCUGUCACUCUACUAUGAAACAUUCAAGCUGGAUCCGAGGCCGGAGCUGAUAUCAAUCAUCCCGAAGAUAGUCUCCCUCUUCACCACCACUACGGAUCCGGAGUUGACGCCACUCGUUGCUGAAACAUGGAGGCUCAAGUCGUCGGAGCCAGAGUCGGAGUUCAUAUCACUCCUUUCUCAGAUAUACUAUUUCAAUACAUUGUUUGGGGAGCUCUCGUCGGAGUCGAACAUCAUGGAGUUAAUUCCAAAGACCGUCUUAUACAUAUCACUUAUUAGACAAAUAAUCUCUCUCGUCAGCUCUUUGGAUUUGGAUUCGCAGCCGAAGCCGCAGACCGAGAUCAUGUCAGUCCUUACUCAAACAGUCUCUGUCGCCAACUCUGUAUCAGAAUCGGAACCGGAGUGGGAGUGCAUAUCACUCAUGACUCGGUUCAUUGCUCUCAUUCGCUCUUCAGAUCCAGAGCAGAUGCCACCGGCGCAGCUCUUCGUACUCCUGAAUAAUGUAGCUUCUCACAUAUACUCUAUGGAUGAAGAUUCCGAGCUCGGUUCACUCAUUGGUCAACUAUUUGAAUUCUCCGACCCUUCGGAUUUGGAGCCGCCAGAGGAAGAGUGGGAGCUGGAUCACCUUAUUUCUUUGUCCCCUCAGUUAAAAGUAGAGCUUGUUCAAGGAAAAUUUCACGUGACCGGAAAAGUCCAGCGGAAGAGCCAAGAAAAGGGGCAAUGUCUACCUGGAAACCGGCAGAGAGUCUACUUAGCAGCAAGAGUAGGAGGAGAAGAAGCCACCCAUUUCCUCUGCAAAGAUUGCAAUGGCGAGGACCAUGAAGAAUGUGAAAAGACUCUAGUUGAGGUCACACACCAUCUCCAUCCAAAACACUCUCUUCAACUUGUCUCCCAGAAGAAGAAGAAGUCAUCGUCAAGAAUUCAACCAAGAAAAUGCUUCUGCUGCGAUGAAGAUCUCGAUAAGAUAUUUUACUACUGUGAGGCUUGUGAUUAUGCUAUGAAUAUAGCUUGUACGAACAAACCACCAGUCUUAUCGAUAGACCAUCCCAAGUGGCAUGAGCAUACUCUUUCUCUGUUUCCAAGGCGGGCUUUCUUAACUUGCAACCUCUGCGCCUUGUCCGAUGCAAGCUCCCCUAUCUAUAUGUGUCCCCCUUGUGAUUUUGUGGUCCAUCUAAGGUGUAUGAAGUUACCACGUGUCAUAAGGAUAUCUCGCCAUCCUCACCGUAUCUCUUUUACCCCUUCUUUUUCUGACAACCAAGGAGAUUGGUCUUGUGGUGUUUGUCGCAAGCAUAUCGACAAUGAUUACGGAGGUUAUUCUUGCAACAAAAACGAUUGCUCCUAUGCGGCUCAUUCAAGAUGUGCCACACAAAGCAACGUGUGGGAUGGCAUAGACCUUGAUGGAGUGCCAGAAGACAUUGAAGAAGAAGUUGAGGAACCUUUUCUUCGGAUAAGCCAUGGAAUCAUACAACAUUUCAGUCAUCAACAACAUCAUCUGAGACUUGAUGACAACACCGGCGGAGACUACGAUGACAAUAAGGAGUGUCAAGCAUGCGUCACGCCAAUCUAUUUCGGUAAAUUCUACUCCUGUGUGGAAUGUGAUUUCAUUCUACACGAAGCUUGUGCGAAUCUUUCUCGCAAAAUACAUCACCCAAUACAUCCACAUCUGCUCACUCUAGUGGGAGGAUGUGAUGGUGUUCCAAAUUUUUACGAUAACUGCUCAGCUUGUCUUUGGUCGUGCAUAGCUGGUUUCUUCUACGAGUGCGGUAAAGAAGGAUGUAGUUUUAAGCUGCAUGUCCAGUGCGCCACAGUUUCUGAGCCACUAGUCCAAGAAAGUCAUAACCAUCCUUUAUUCCUUACAUCUAAACCAGGAGAGCAAAGUGCAUGUUCGGUUUGCAGAGAGGCAAGACCUGAAUUCACAAACGAAACAUUCAACUGCAUUGAGUGCGAAUUUUCUUUGUGUUUUGGAUGUGCUACUUUACCUCAAAAAGUGAGGUAUAAGCAUGAUAAGCACAUACUCACUCUUUCUUUUGGGGAGGAGACAAGUACCAUGAUGCAUUGGUGUGAAGCUUGCGAGAGAAGAAUAAAUCCAAAGGAGCGGUUUUAUAAGUGUGAUGAGUAUUGUUGUAACACUUUACACAUUGAAUGUCUGAUUGGGAAGGACUUAUACAUGAAGUCUGGUUCGUAUUUCGACCUAGAUGGACGUAAGCUAGCUAUUCUGCGCAACAAUCAUAUGUCUCGACCAACUUGCUUCGGCUGUAGGAAGCGAUGUCCAUACAAAAUAGUUGUGCAAAAUAGCUUAUUAAUAUUUUGCUCCAUAUCUUGUCUAUAG